UUGUGCUUUAGACACACGUUGCAUUCACAUAGCGGGCACUGGAUACACUGCUCUACUUCGUGUGUAAUGUUGGAUUCAUCCAGAAAAGUCGUGGUUGUUGGUGAUGGUAUGGUAGGCAAAACAGCCCUGCUACAAGCUUACGUUCAAGAUAUAUUCGAUUCGGAUUAUAUUCCAACUGUGUUUGAAACUACGGCGAAAGAUGUGGAACUGGAGGAUGGCCGCCAUAUCACGCUCGGACUAUGGGACACAGGCGGCCAAGAAGAGUUUGAUCAGAUUCGACAGCUCGCUUAUCCUGGCGCAAGUCUUAUUCUUCUAUGCUAUGCAGUCGACUGUAGAACAAGCCUGGAUAACAUUGUCCACACGUGGGUUGGUGAAGUUCGUUCCUACUGUCCAUCUAUCCCCAUCAUGCUAAUCGGGUGCAAAUCAGACAGACGAUGUGCGCCGGUAUUCAGUCAGGGCGGAAACAGCCGUCGAGGGACCCCCGUUAUAGAUUGCGUGAAACCUGAUGAAGCCGAAAAAAUACGUAAACAAAUAGGAGCUCUGUUUCAUUUAGAGUGUUCGGCACUUAAUCGAUCCAACAUAGAAGCCGUUUUUCAACUUGCAGCUCGGCUCAUCCUAGAUUCGUCAACAGAUCGUACACGACGAAUCAAUGUGCGUCGAAUUCUGUCGUUUAAUCGGACUAAAUCAGUUUCAAAUGGGGGCGCCGUAGGGGCAGAGUGUGGCUCAAAACGCAGUAGAAUCUCAUCAAGGAUGUCCAACUUACUGUGUAUGUCCAAAAGCUCUUAG